AUGGAACUCACCUGGAGAGAAAACUUCGACUCCGUGGAGAUAAGGCUGAAAAAGGAAGGGGGCGGCGAAAAUGAGCUGCGCCUAGAAAGUGAACAGCGCCGCGAAACCGAGCAGCCCCGCGAACGCGUCUUCUCCGAUGUCAGCUGCUUAGAAGACCUGUGCUUCUACGACGAACACCUGGUGGAAGUGGAAAACGCAAAGGACCUGCUCAUUUCAGACACGUACAUCAAAAUAAGCCACAAAAAUAAAAUGGUGAACAUCGAUCUGUAUGACAAAAUAAGCAUGCUGAAGGAGCACAUACAAGUUAGAGAAAGCACUAACUUUUUCACCCUAAAUUUGAAGAAAAAAGAGAGCAAAUUAUGGGGGCAUUUAAAUUACUUCAAUGUUUUCCUCAUGUACAAAAAUGCCACAUACCCAAAUUUGAUAAAGUGCUCAAAGGAAGAAAAGAACAUAUUAAUUGCUCAGGAGCAGAAAUUCAAAUCGAUGAUUAAUGAAAGAAGAAUCAACAGUUUAGACGAUUUAAAGAAAAUUCUCAAGAGAGAUAAAAACUCGCGAGACGACUUUGUCAAGAAGCUGCAAGAUGAUGCGCAAAGGAUACAGUCCCAGCUGGAGGAACAAAAAAAUGAGCUGCUGCAAAACCAGAAGGAAGAAAUCCGCAAAAGAGCGAUCGAUUCGAUAUACCAAAAUUGUGACGAAGGCGAAACGGAUAAACUGGAACAGCACAAUGAGGUAGACACGGCAAAUCGCGCACAUCGAAAUGUUGAUAACUCUAGUGAGCUGCCCAUCUCUGAAGAAAAGACAUCAAAUGAUAUGGACAGCCAAGUGGAAGAACUGAUCCGAGAGAACACGGGAAGUAACGACCAAUUGGUAGUACCCCGAUCCGACGUGGUUGAGAAAAACGAGCCUAAACUUCUGCUCCUCCAAGAUCGAGCAACGCACAAUAGGGUCAUCGAAUUGAAGUUUACCCAAAUGAAGAGGAACGAGCUGCCUGCAAGAGAGUCCAGAAUGAUGAAGCAGAAGCUGCCGAGCUGCACGUCCACCAAAAACUUCUUCCUCAUCGUUUUGAUAGAAAAGGCGAAGAAGCUCUACUUCAGGAAUUCCGACUUUGUCAGCUGCUUGGAGACGCUCAAAUCCGUGUCCUCCUACCUGCUCAGGGGGCACGAACUCAUUAAGGAGGAACACAUAAAGGUGCUGAACAACUGCUCCCUCCUCCACCUGCUGGCGAACAACUUGGAAGAAUGCAUCCGCGCAUGUGACAGCUGUUUGCUCAUCAUAAAGGAAGAAAUCAAAUACUACAAUGUGCAGGACGCCAUUUUUGAGGAAAACGCACCAAUGGAGGGAAGCAGCAGUUGUGUGAAUACAUUAAGCACGUUAGAAGAAAUAAAGUCACAAAACUACGUUCACUAUAUGUACAGCAUCUACAUAAUUGUCAGUGCCAGAAAAGCACUCGCGUUGAUUAAACAGGGGGGAGAGACCCAGUUAGAAAAUGUGGAAAAAAUUUACCUCUCAAUUGAAGAUAUAAGAAGAUAUGUACCAUGCCACAUUUUUGAGGACUUCCAAACGGGAAUUACCAACUUGAGGCUUUUUACCACUCUGCUGAGUCAAGUACGAGCCCUCAACAUGGAAAUCAUUACACACACUGACCAAGUAAAGCACAGACUAGAAAUAAUCAACACACAUAUGGUGGGGAAAUAUCUACAACGAGACAUUCCUUUCUGUUUCUGCUUCGCCAUGAUUAGAUCCUUCAGUCUAAGGAGCCUCAACCGGUACUACGAAAACGUUGUGAAUAUCAUGCUGUGCAUUUUUGUCUUCAUAGAAAAACAACAGGAAAUUUAUUUGCACCUCAAUAAUGCAGAACAUUGUGCAGCUUCCAGUUUUACUCUCCUUCACGUGUACCAGUUUGUUCUUCUCAUUAGAAAUGAAAGCAGUUUUUGUGACAAAAUGGGCGAAAUGGAGACCCUGCAUGUAGACUCGUUGGAAUGCCCCCAAAUGAGAGACCAAAUUAUGGACAUUUUGACCACCCACUUGGUGGGAGGAUACACAGACUUGGAUUUCAUUCUUCAGAAUAAUCUCUGCUUGCGGGGGAUCCUCUGCUCCAUUCGUCGCGAUCACGCUGGUGCACUCGAAGGGGAGACGCUGCAGAAUCGGUUAGAAAGGGCUCAGCAGGAAGAUGAACCCUCAAUUGAACAGCAGCGAACGAAUGAAGGCCAAACGAACGAGCUGCUCUUCCCCCUUAGAGACAUCCUCCUACAGAACAUCCCCUACAAAAUGAAGAAGAGCGAAAAAAUCGUCAAACAUUUCUGCAGAGCAAAUACACACACGUACCAUGUGAAGGUCGAACUGUUUGGAAGUGCAACGGAGUACCUCAACGUGAAGCAAAAAUGUGAGUUCCUCAAAAUAGAGAUGGUCACCAAAAUGAUAAAGUCCAUGUGCUAUACGCUAAACAUAGUACAAAAAGUGCACAAGGAAAAUGAAAAAGAAAAGACGCAACUGAAGAGAGUUAUCUACACCUUGCUAGCUGAUUUAUCGUGGAGCAUCCAGAAUAUGAAUCCCUCCUGCGGCGAAACGGAAAAUGUAGUUAGUCUCCUGCUUCUCUACUUUUGCUUUUCCUUUAUUUAUAACUAUCCCAAGAAUGAGUUCAUCAUCGACACGCAUUACAAAAGAGUCCACGAGGAAGAGACCCAUUCGAAGUACCUCUCCCUGAAUGAUGCCCCACAAGAGGGCAAAACUCUUUCCAAAGACAAGUUAAAAAGCAUACUAGAGAAAACGUUCCUAUAUAAGUUCUUCUUAGACUACAAAAAAUAUGUUGAUUUGAAAAAAAAAAAAAAAAAAAAAAAAUCUCCAAUUUCUGUAGAAUUCACAUCACAACAUGAUCCUGAGCAUAACGCCAUGCUGCAAAGAAUUGCCUAUUUGAUCAAAACAAUUAAAAAAGAAUCAAAAGCGAAGGCAAAAAUGAAUAGCCACUACCCAAUAAUAACACUAAUCAACAACAAACAUAUGCAGGAGUUACACCAGUUUGCUUCAUUCCUAGAGAAAAAAUCUUUCCAUUUGGAGUCUAUCAGAUGCAGCAUUUUGCUCCUAAGUUCUCAUUACUACUCCCCGUGCCUGUCCAAUUUUAGCCUUCCCUACAUAGGCGCUCUGCGCUCUAUUUUUGCCUCAUCCUUUUUCGAAACAAAUGCGCAAAGACAAGUUACGCCAAAUAACAGCCUCACGAUCGCAUCAAAGAAAAAUUUGCAGAAAAGUGUAUCCCAUUUUACCGAUGCAGCGUCGCUCACGUUUAAAAAUGCAAAACGAGCCCACUUUUUACAGUCGCUUCAAGAUGGUGACGUGCCAAAAGCCUUAGCGCCUUACGUUCGAGCUGUCCUACGUAGACUUAAGAGGGUUAAAAUAAUUCGAACCAUUUCUACCUCUCUACAUCGCAUGCACGCGGAUGGAAGCAUUCGAACAAACAUUCGGGAAGUCCUGCUAAUCUAUUUGGACAACCUCUCCGUUGACUUCCACAUUUUGAACCGCGUCUUCCAGUUCUGCCGCGAACAGGACGCAUCUCCCCCCUUGCUCCUUAGCGAGAAAGCGAAAGAAAACCUCAGCAAUUUUAGCGACAUUUCCAGUUGCGCCAAACCGAGAGAGCCACUUCCAAACUGUGAGGAAUAUAAGCUUGUGCUUAAUCACUACUACAAGAAAUUUUUAAAAACAAAAAUUUCCCUUUUAAGUCGUGAAUGUACUCUCUGCCUGUGA